AUGCGGGAACAAGACACUCUUAUCUUAGAAUACCGACAUGAGAAGAAACGUCCACGAGAAUCAGAGGCACUCCUUAUACUGCGCAAGGUUGCCUCAGUAGUCAAGCCCAUUAUGCGCCAGCGUUCAUGGAGAGUGGGAGCCCUUUGCGAGUUCUACCCCGGACAGAAAAAUCUGCUAGGCAUAAAUGUUAAUUCCGGCCAAAAGAUAUGUCUCAGACUACGGUAUCCUUCUGAUGAACGGCAGUUUCUUCCUUUCGAAGAGGUUGUGGACACGAUGUUGCAUGAGCUCUGCCAUAUUGUUCAUGGCCCACAUCACCGGGAGUUUCAUGCACUAUGGAACCAACUCCGGGAUGAACAUGAAGAACUUGCCAUCAAAGGAUACACCGGUGAAGGCUUCCUAUCUCAAGGUAAACGCCUUGGUGGGAACAGAAUCCCGAUUGAUGAAGCUCGUCGCCAGGCUCGGGCUGCUGCCGAGCUACGACGCGUUCUGUCCAAAAAUUCUGGGAAACGGCUUGGUGGCGCGCCCGUUCUCCGCGGAACGGACAUGCGCAAAGUGCGAGCAGAUGCUGCCCAACGUCGUAUUGCGGUAACCCAGGGAUGUGCUUCUGGCACAGAUAGCGGUGACGUUCUCGCCGAGGAGGCAUCCAGAAAUGGAUUCAGAACGCAGGCGGAAGAGGACGAUGCGAAUGAGGAGGCUAUCAUGCAGGCUUUUAUCGAGCUUAUCCAAGAAGAGGAACGGGAGAAAUAUGGAUCUUCUUAUAUUCCUCCUAGCCAGGAGAACCCAGCAGGACCUCAAUUUUCUGCCAUGUCACCUGCAAAUUCAAUCAUUGACCUUGACACGUUAAAAACAGUACCUGAAAGUACCUCGAAAUCAGCAGUUCGUGCUAAUAAUAGCUCCUAUUCGUCUCCAUGGACAUGUGCGACAUGCACAUUAGAAAAUCCCUCCAACUUCUUGUGCUGUGAUGUGUGCGCUACAGAAAGACCUGUUCCCUCCAAUGCAAAAUCCGAACUAAGCCAAGGAGCCACAUCGAAUGAAAGUAUGCCUCCGCAAAAGAAGAAGCGCACUCUUCAAGAUGACACUAAAGAUGAAUUUCCGGCUCGCAAGACUUUUGCUUUCAACAAUCGGUUGAGUGCCAAGGACUCGUUGAAAUCUUUGGAUCGAGAUGUUAGUAAGAAGCCCCUGGGAUGGCUUUGCUCUUGCGGUACUUUCAUGGAGACACAAUGGUGGACUUGCUCAGUUUGUGGGAAGAUGAAGGAGGUGUCCUGA